UGUUAAUCAAGUGUUUAUAAAUUCUUCAAAUCAGGAAACUUUUUAUCUGUAUCAAGGACUAAGAGGAGGGCAAAGUUGCAUCUUUGGAAACAGCUUUAUUUUCUUUUCAGGGUUCCUUUGAAGACCCUGACCUGGAGUUACACGCUGACUUUGGUUCUCUUCAGGAAUGAAGCCCACUCUCAGCGUCUCACGACCGGCUGCUUUUUGAUAUCCCAAGAAUGUCACAUGACCUGGAAGAUGAAUGCGCCUUCAAGGUUCUGGGAUUUCGUAGCUCUGGAGAUGGGCUGAUUCUAGGCCAGUGCCCCAGGCUGAAGCAUUGCGGGAGAGCACGGACAGUGGGAGCAGUGGGUUACCUGCUGUGGGCUGUCUGUCCAGGGAGCUGUGCCUUUCUGGUGCCGACUCUCUGGGCACAGAGCUGGGAAGAAGAGACGCAACAGACUUCUAACUUCAUAAUUCAAACACUGGGGUGCAGUUCACCUCAUCCAGAUGACCCAUCUACCUUCGGCCCUUCACACACUCGAGAACAUCUACUGAUGCUGGAACUCCAAAGCAACACACACAAAAUGCUCAAGGACCUUUCAGCCACUCAAGCACCUUUUCCUUGCCUCUCACUUUGCUACAGCCUGAAGAUGUCCAUCUCGGGCCAGCCCGUGGCUCAGUUCAGUGCGUGGGAUUAUGUGGUGUUUGUUGCCAUGCUGCUUGUGUCCCUGUGCAUUGGGGUUUAUCACGCAUUUAAGGCCAGAGGCCAGCAGUCGAACAGUGAGUUUCUGCUGGGAGGCAGGAAGAUGAAGGCAGUGCCUGUUGCCAUGUCACUUACUGCCAGCUUCAUGUCGGCUGUUACAGUGAUUGGGACACCAGCAGAGGUUUAUCGCUACGGGGCCAUCUUCUUGAUCUUCUGCAUCAGCUACACCGUGGUUGCCACCGUCAGUGCUGAAAUCUUCCUGCCUGUAUUCUACAGACUCAAUAUCACCAGCACCUAUGAGUAUUUAGGUAUGAGGUUCAACAAAGUGGCUCGAUACAUUGGGACCAUUCUCUACAUCAUUCUAACAAUACUGUACACUGGGAUUGUCAUUUAUGCCCCAGCAUUAGCAUUGAAUCAGAUAACUGGAUUUGAUCUCUGGGGAGUUCUCGUUGCAACUGGGCUUGUCUGCACCUUUUACUGUACUUUGGGUGGCCUAAAAGCGGUGGUUUGGACUGAUGUGUUCCAGAUGCUGAUAAUGAUUGCUGGCUUCUUGGCUGUAAUAAUCCGAGGUUCAGUUCUCCAAGGAGGAUUUGGACGCAUCUGGAACAUCUCAUAUCAUGGAGGGAGACUCAACUUCUGGGACUUUGACCCAGAUCCGUUGAGACGCCACACUUUUUGGACAAUUGUGGUUGGAGGGAGUUUUAUGUGGACAGCCAUCUACGGCAUCAACCAAUCUCAGGUGCAGCGGUACAUCGCCUGCAGAUCCCUGUGUGAAGCUAAAAUGUCACUCUACCUGAACAUGUUUGGCCUUUGGCUGACUGCUGUGUGUGCAGUGCUGAGUGGACUGGUUAUGUAUUCUACUUACUACCAGUGCGACCCAUUGACAGCAAAACAAGUCCGAGAACCUGACCAGUUGCUUCCGUAUCUGGUAAUGGAUUUCCUGGGAGAUUAUCCUGGCGUCCCUGGGCUCUUUGUUGCAUCUGCAUACAGUGGGACUUUGAGUACAGUCUCCUCCAGCAUCAAUGCACUGGCAGCUGUCACAGUGGAGGAUAUCCUCAAGCCUCAUCUCAACCUUUCAGAGAAGAAAAUGGCUUGGAUCACAAAGGGACUCAGUCUCAUGUUUGGACUCAUCUGCAUUGGAAUGGCUGCCUUAUCUUCCUUGAUGGGAAGUGUGCUCCAGGCAGCCCUCACUAUCUUUGGGAUUAUUGGAGGUCCACUGCUGGGAUUCUUUCUGUUAGGCAUGAUAUUCCCCUGGGCCAAUUCAAUUGGCGCAAUAUCUGGCCUGGUUGUCAGCCUCGUACUGACAUUAUGGGUUGGAAUUGGUGGGCAGGUUUACCCACCGCUGCCUGAGAAAACGCAACCCCUGCCCCUCAGCGUUGAGGGGUGCCUGUUCAACAUCACCACAUCUGCACCACCGAUGAAUGAGAGCAGCUGGGGAACAACUCAUGAACCAGAGCUGGACUUCAGACCAGAAAUUGCAAACACGUGGUAUUCAAUCUCCUACCUCUACUUGAGCCCAUUAGCAACUAUGACUGUCUUGAUUCUUGGGCUCAUCAUCAGCUUGCUGACAGGAAGAGGCAAGAGAGAGGUGAAUACGAAGCUUCUGAUCACAAAGAAGGAUCUGGUGUGCUGUUUCUGCUGGACUGAUGCAGCCGAUCACCUAGAGGAAAAAGACAUUAAAAUGAAGACAAACAACGCAGAAGAGAAGGGCCAGGAAAAUCCCACCUUCAGUCAUCAAGAGGUCAACUGUCCAGAGAAACCGGAUCCCACCCCAUCCACAACAUAUUUAUAGAUAUCCUAUCCUCAACACAUAUCACACAUCUAUCAGGCUGGGUUAUAGAGGUGUUUCCCACUGUCCCUCUUCUCACACACUCCCACAUCCUGAAAUAUGACUGUGGUGGAGUUUCCCACUGCAUUCCACUAAGACUGUCUCAGCAAAACCAACUCUGAAGAAUCUUUUGGUAUUUAACUUUAACCACUCAGAUGCCAGGGAGUGAAAUGUUGGAAGUCAAUUAACUUUGGUUGUCAACUUUAAGCACAUUCACAGCCGCCAUUUGCACUCAAUUUCACACUUUUAUUUUCAACCACUUCAAUGCAUUGUGUGAAGGUGAAUCCAGCCAACGUUUGCACACAUUCACACAUUAGUGUUGGCACCUAAAGGCCAAUUAUUCCCCCAGUAUUGUAUAACACAUCACCGGAACCUAACCUUUGGUUAAUAUGGUUUGACAGGACACACAUUUUUAGUUCAUACGCUGAGAUGUUGAAUUAAAACUAUUAUUAAAGUAAAUUUUAGUAAAUAUAUUCAAAAUUAGAUUCUACUGCCCUUCAAAAAAUAACAGUGCAUGGGCAUUAUUGUAAAAAGCACAAACCAGGCACAGAACUGUUCACACUUAACCUAGCUUCCAGAAAUGCGAUUUUGCACAAACUUAUACAUCACUGCAAUUUAAAAUCCACCAUGAAAAGACAAUCAAGCAAAAUUUUAAAGUGUAAUUUUUAAAAUAAAUAUAUUCUUUGGUCAAUUUGUGAAGAUGUUUUAGUUUGGUAAAUAUGAUAAAAUGGAUUUAUUACAGAAAUAUGCAUUUUUAAUUGAUUUGACAAGUUAACUGACAAGAUUACUGAAAAUGAUUACUAAAACAUGUGCAGAACAGUUACUAACUACACUUGUCAACUUUAUGGUAAAUUAACAAAAAUAUUGAAAGGCUUUUAAAAAUCUGUCUUUCUGCUUUUCAAGAGAAAAAAGUAAUUGUAGCAUUCCCCUGUACCUUUAAGAGGACACAGUUGGUAGAAACUGACAAUGCUGACUGUUGGUUUAUUUAUAAACUCAGUUUUAUACAUAGUUGGAGUCGACUACCAGUGUUAUAUACUUAACAAGCACCAGGUGGAAUAUAUGCUUUUAGCUGAGCUAUCUUAACAACUGAUCUGGGGAAAAUUGUGCUGGAUGAUGCCCCUAGUCAUUGAAACUCCCAAAAUAUAUUAUUGGCUGCCAAUUUGAGUGACAGUCUAUCCUUUCAGCUUUAGCUAGCUUACGAUAGCAAGAUAUUCAAAGUUCAAAGUAAAUUUACUCAAAGUAUAUACAUGCCACUAUAUACAACCCUGAGAUUCAUUUUCUUGUGGCAUACUCAAUAAAUCCAUAAUAGAAUAAUAACCAUAACAGAAUCAAUGAAAGACUGACCAACUUGAGCGUUCAGCUAGAGUGCAAAAGACAACAAUCUGCUAAUACAAAAAGAAAGAAAUAACAAUAAUAAAUAAAUAUGCAAUAAAUAAUGAGAACAUGAGAUGAAAAGUCAUUGAAAGUGAGUGCACAGGCUGGGGGAAUAUUUCAAUGAUGGGGCAAGUGAAGUUAUCCCCUUUAGUUCAAGAGCCUGAUGGUUGAGGAGUAGUAACUAUCCCUGAACCUGGUGGUGUGAGUUCUGAAGCUCCUGGACCUUCUUCCUGAUGGCAGCUGCGAGAAGAGAGCAUGACCGGGGUGGUGCAGGUCUCUGCUACUUUCCUGUGUCAACACUUUGUGUAGAUGAGCUCAAUGGUUACAAGAGCUUUAUCCAUGAUGAGCCAGGCCAUUUCCACCACUUUUUGUAGGAUUUUCUGUUCAAGGGCAUUGGUGAUUCAAUACCAAUAAACUCUCCACUACACAUCUAUAGAAAUUUGUCGAAUAUUUCAGUCAAGUAGGGAAUUAAAGGGCAUUGCAUUCCCAGUUACUGGAACACGUUACCUACAGCUACACAGUAUACACUUUGACUUCAGUUAGUGGUGGAUGAUUGCAUCGUAGCUAAAAAUAACACAGAAUUUGCCAGGCAAGGCAGCUCUCAGGGCAGCUUUAGCAAAUUUAUUAGGCUUGUUGAGAAUGUUAACUCAAAGUCCAUCAACUCAACACUCAGACACACCCCCAAUCCAACCCUAGAGCCUAUAUUCUAGACCCAGAACCCAGAUUAUACCUGAUUAUAGACUCAUCCAGCCCGCACCCAUUCCCCAGACUCAACAGCAAUCCUACUGACCCUGACUCCAGUCCGUGAACCGUGCAUGAUUGUCAGCCAGGCCCAGAGGCAGCCUGGCCUAGUGCUGGAGUUCUGCCUGGGUGCGUGGGUGAAGGAUGGGAAAGGGGCUGGCUCUGCUGUUGUUGCUGCUGCCGCUUGUGUUAUUCUGCGGAACAUUGUAGGCAUGCUAUGUUGGCACUACCAUGUGUGGUGGUACUUGUGGCUGUCCCCAAAACAUCCUUGGGGGGGGGUUGCUGGCUGGUAACACAAACAACACAUUUCAGUGUAAGUGAAAAUUAAUCUGAAUCAAAUCUGAAUCCAAAUCCCUUUUCCCUUUGUCUUUACCCUGUUGCUGACGAUCAUUGUUGGCUCCAAAUCCAAACCCGAAUCUGAAUCCCUUUUCUCGUGUUUUUGCUCUGUUAAUGAUGCUCAUUAUUGGACGAUUUUGCUUCCUUCUCUUGGCUGACCCAGCAAGGAUAUUGUGACUGCUUCAAACACCAUAGCAGCUCCCCUCUCACUAUAAGAUUGGUACUUGCAUGGAAUUGGUUGAAAACUCUCUCCUAUUUCAACAAAGAAUUGUCAGAAAUAAAGGGCAAGUUUCUGUUUUCACCAUUUAGAACAAGGUCACAAAAGUCACAUGCAGAAAUGCAAAUGAGCACUUAGGUCAAAUUCACAAGUAUUUAAUACUGCUGCAUUAACAACAUCUACAAUUCUAAUUAGUCGCAUGUAUUUAGCACAAAAAGGAUAAAAUGAACUGAAUUGAAAACAGUCAAUAUAUGAAAAGGAACUAGUGCUUUCCUGGCAUUAAAGUUAAACUCUGUCCCGAGAUAUUGGCUCAUCAGGCUGCUGCUUAUGCCGGUUUCCGUGGCGUGAAGCAACUGAGAUUAUGAGACUUCCUCCCCCACCCCCCGGAUAGGAUGCCAGGUUAACCCCCAGCGUUUUGCCGGUACCCAUUUUCAGCUGGGUGGACUGGAACAAUGUGUGGUAAGUGCCUUGCUCAAGGACACAACAUGCUGCCUUGGCUGAGGCUCAAGCUCACAACCUUCAGAUCGCUAGUGUUACGUACACGUGACAGUGGUGUACUUGUCACGUGACAGGUGUUGAAGCUAUACUGGACUUGAGGUAAUGGUCUUGUGAUGGUGGAGUGACGUCAUUUUUCUGCCGGUAGAGGUCAUGUGACAGGUUUUUUUUACAGGGUAUAAAAGGAGGACCCCUCCCUGUGAGGAGGGGCAGUUCGUGGCUGGAUUUGCCACGUUGACUUCAUGCCAUUGCGUGAUUUAAUGUAAUGACGCAGUUUAGUUGAAAGAUGAAGUUUUAUCUAAUGCCUAAAGUUUAAAAGGACAUUGCCAGCAGUUUCUUUAUAAUACUGCUAGAUGAGAAUCAGUGGAGAGUGAAGAUUGGAGUUCGGGAGUUAAAAGAUCGAAGACAAUCGAUUUUGACGGUGAAACAGGUUUGACCUUGUUUGAUCCUCAUUCGGAAGGAAUUCGUUGACUGUGCGCAUGUUAAUCCCUGUGAAUAGCAGAAAGGAUUGAGUACAGUGUUGUAAAGGAGUGCCUUUAAGCUGUUUCAUUCUUCAUCUUCCUAAAUUCUUAGUGAGAAAAGUUCAAUUUGGAAUCGCAAAAAGACGACAUGAAAGAGAAUUUAAAUCAUCUUAAAAAGUCUCUCCCUUAAAUGGAAUGUGAGCAUUUUGAACUUUUGCAGUAAUACUUUGAAGAACAGUUUUUGCAACAUUGCUUUAAGAACUGUUUAAGCUUCAUCACUUUAAGAACUGUUUAAGCUGCCGCACAGCAGCUGAUAUCCGGUUAUGUUAGUGAUUUGUUUACUUUUGGGGGUUUGUUUUCAGUGUUUUAAUAAACGUU